UGUCAGUAAGCCGUAUCUCGUGAUGAGUGAAGCAUCUCCAAUCGAAGGAUCUUCAAUGUGGAUGAACUGCAGUGUUGAAAAUGGUUCUGAACCGCUUCAGUACAAGUGGCAACAUGAAACUCUCAAUAAAAACAUUUCUGACUUAUCACAGAACAGCAGCAUCAUCACUGUGACCAGAAUCAGCAGAAACUACACUGGCUGGUACCACUGUGAAGUCAGCAAUGCCGUCAACAACGAGACCUCUGACCGAUUGUUGAUAAAUGUCACAUGUAAGUACUUUGGAUUUUCCUAUUAGGUGCAGAUUAGAUGCAGAUAAAAAAAUAAAAUUGCAUCAAAAUGCUUUCCUCCUGUUUGUUGCUCCACUUUAACUUUUUCUCUACUGUGACGGUUUUUUAAAAUAAAAAUAAAGCAUCUUUGUUCUGAGUAGGCUGUCGAUCUCUGACCUACAUUUUGACACUCUGCUCAUAUUGUUUGUCUUCAGAUGGUCCGGAUGAACCUCAGAUAAAUGUGAUUCCAUUCCGUAUAACAAAGCAUGGAUACUCCGCUCUGGAGAAUGAGACUGUUUCCAUGUACUGUGAAGCCCAGUCCAAUCCAGGCAGUCAGUACAUCUGGUUUUACAAUGAUUCAAAAAUGUACACAAGACCACUCCUCACUAUCAACAAGAUCCUCCGAAGCCACACUGGCAACUACACCUGCAUGGCCCAGAACUCCCACCUCCACACCCAGUCCAGUAAAACCCUCAGCCUGACUGUUUACUACCCUCCAGAUGGCUCCCCCAUGUGCUCUGUGGAGUCUGCACUCAACCACACUGCUCUCAGGCUCCUCUGCUCCUGGCUCGGAGGAUUUCCCUCCCCGUCCCUCAACUGGACCGGAGACCCAACACAGGCAGGACAAAAACAGGUCGACACAGGGCAACAACCUCGUCUAACUACCAACGUCAUGAUGCUCCCGUCUGAGAAGCUGAAUCGUAACAGCAGCUUGUUCACAUGCGUCGGCUCCCAUCCUGCUCUACGACAACCUACAGAGUGCAACACGCAUACCUAUAUCCCUCCCUCAGAACCGCUGUGUUUCACCAACGUGACCAAUGAUAGGCAGUAUUUGAUGGUGUCCUGCGCCUGGAAUGGAGGGCUACCCAAAGCACUGCUGUGGUGGGAAGGACCAGGAAACCAAAGCAAGGACGCACAAGAACACUCAAACAUCCUGGUCCUUCCUUAUGGGACUGCCCACAGUGGGAAACCCUACACCUGCUAUGCCAAACACCCACUUCUGACUGCAGCAAAGACCUGCAGAAUCACACUAGUCUCCGUUAGUAAGCCGUUCCUCCUGAUGAGCAACGCGUCCCCGAAGGAAGGAUCUUCUAUCUGGAUGCACUGCAACACUGAAAAUGGGACUAAGCCAAUACAUUACAUGUGGCAGCAUCAACUGUAUAAUAAAAACUUCACAACGUUUGCACAGGGCAACACCAGCUUCAUUAAUAUCACAGACAUUGUCCGUAACCAGACUGGCUGGUACCGCUGCGCUGCAGGAAACGCCGUCAACAGAGAGAACUCAGAAAAGUUAUGGCUCAACGUCACGUGUAAGUAGUAAAGGAUCCACUAAAUUAAUUCCCUGUGCUCUGCAUUUUGUGUUAAAUAUUCAAAAUUUGCCUUAUUUGCUUUGCACUACACAACUUAAUUAAUAGCUACCCUCUAUAUAAUUUGAUAUUAGCAUAA